ACAGCACGCCACCGGACGCGCCUCGACUGGCACACGCUAAUCGCAGCCGUCCGUGCGGUACACGCGCCGCCUAAAAAAUAAAAAUUGUUUCAACUUUGUAGUAUCCACCAACACCAAAGCAGCUACACAGAUACUCCACUGCCGCCUUCACCUCCACCUCCGUUUUGGGACAGUUGAGAAGAUGAUUGGAGCAAGUCAUCACUGCCAAUCCCUUCAUUGUUUAGCCUUUCUAGUGGCAGGGUUGUUGAUAUCGUUACCUACUGGGACAAUAACUGCGAAAGCUGAAGAUUCUUCAUCAAUCAUAUCGAGAUUUCAGGAAUACCUCAGAAUUAAUACUGCCCAACCCAACCCCAGCUACUAUGAAGCCGCUGAUUUCAUCAGCUCGCAAGCCAAGUCUCUGUCCUUGGAUGUCCAAAUCUUGGAGUUUGCAAAGGGGAAGCCGCUGUUGCUCCUCAAAUGGGCUGGCACGAACCCUGCUCUCUCGUCCAUCCUGCUCAAUUCCCACACAGAUGUGGUACCUGCAGAGCACCACAAAUGGAAUCACCCACCCUUUGACGCACACCUUGACCCCUCCACUGGCCACAUCUAUGCUCGGGGUUCCCAAGAUAUGAAGUGCGUGGGGAUCCAAUAUUUGGAAGCCAUCCGCAAGCUCCAGGCGUCAGGCUUCCGGCCACUGCGCACUGUGUACCUCACCUUUGUGCCCGAUGAAGAAAUUGGUGGGCAUGACGGUGUUGAGAAGCUUGCGGAUUCUGACACGUUCAAGAACAUGAAUGUAGGGAUUGUGCUCGAUGAGGGAUUGGCAUCUCCUACUGAGAGUUACCGGAUUUUUUAUGGGGAGAGGUCCCCCUGGUGGCUGGUGAUUAAGGCUACAGGUGCACCUGGCCAUGGGGCUAAACUCUACGAUAACACCGCUAUGGAGAAUUUAAUGAAGAGCAUAGAGAGCAUAAGGAGAUUCAGAGCCUCUCAGUUUGAUUUGAUCAAGUCUGGACAUUUUGCUGAAGGAGAGGUCACUUCUGUCAAUAUGGCCUUCUUGAAAGCUGGAACGCCGUCUCCUACUGGCUUUGUCAUGAAUUUGCAACCAUCUGAAGCUUCAGCCGGUUUUGAUAUCCGAGUCCCGCCCACUGCUGAUGAAGCGGCCCUGGAGCGACGAAUUCUAGAGGAAUGGGCACCUGCUUCGCGUAAUAUGACGUUUGAGCUGGGUCAGUUCAAGCAGAGGGCAACUAUGCGCGACAAGUACGGGAAGCCACUGAUCACCUCUUCCUACAGUUCAAACCCAUGGUGGCGACUCUUGGAAAAGGCAGUCAAGGAUGCCAACGGGAAACUUGCAAAGCCGGAAAUCUUUCCUGCUGCAACGGAUUCUCGCUACUUCAGGGAGCUUGGCUUGCCUGCGAUUGGCUUCUCUCCCAUGGCCAACACUCCCGUUCUCCUUCAUGACCACAAUGAGUUCUUGAACAAGGAUGAAUAUCUGCGAGGAAUCUCCAUGUACGAAUCGAUCAUCAAAGCAUAUGCGUCUUAUGUUGAACCUACGAAGGAUGAAGCCUCGAGAGACGAGCUGUAACGAUGCAUCCAGCCGAUGAUAGCGUUCCUCUCUCCCUCGACGUCGAGACGUCGUGAAGAACUCCCAUCGGUUUCGAACAAAGGUAGGGUUUAAUAAAAUGAAUCGACUUUCAGCCCUUUGGAUAUGAAACUCUUCAUUGAUGUGUUGGAAACAGAUUUGAUCAAACUCUUUUUAUUUUUCGCAAAACUUUUAAAAUAAAUUUGUCUCAUCUAAAGUAGGCUGGAACUAUUCA